AAAUAAACCCAGCCCAAACAAACCAAACAUAACUUGACAUAACGCAAACCAAAUCCCACUGUUUUUGGUCCCUUUCCGUGUCGCCCCUUGUUCUCUGUUUGGCGGUUUUUAGCGAUUCGGUUUCUAACAUUUCCCGAUUUUUUCUUACACACUCUCACUCCCUGUCGGUGAGGUUUGGUAGAUCGGAGAAUCUAAGCUCGUUGAGUUGAAUCUGAGCUAGUUGAGUUAGUUGAUUGAUGAAUGAGGGAACAUGAACAAGUUGGUCCAUUGCUGGCUUAUGAGUUAGGAGCAUAGCAUGAAAUGGACAAAGGACCACAUGUGCAUGAGAAGUUUGCCAACAUGAAGAGCCAAAGGGUAAAGGUAGAAGAACCUUUUGCUCCUGCAUUAGAAGAUGAAGCAGCUGAAGUUUCCAAUUUACUUGCUGAACCUAAAACUGACCAUGUUUCAGUCGAUGGUGUCCUAUGUUUUGGUAAGGAGAAUCCAGGGAAAUGCUUGGACAUGGAGGAUUUUACCUAUGGAUUCGAGUAUGGCUUCAGAACAAAUUAUGGUGGGCUGGAUUCUUUUAAUACUCCCGGAGAAGAUGAUUUGAAGCUUGAAGUUCUUGAUGGAUUGCUUGAUGAUGUUGAUGAGGUGGAUGAUAUUCAUGCAGCACAUGAUCUCUCUAGCGUAUGUGAAGAUUUUCUUUUGGAUAUUGAAUUUACUGAACAAGUUACCAAAUUGGAUUGUGGUGAAAUUAAAGGACCGCAUUUAGGUAACUCAAGUUCUGAAAGCCAUUCUCCAGGCCUCAGCGGUAGUAGUAAUGUCGCUAUUGGGAUAUCUGAUUCGUCAACAACAACUGUUCCAGAAUCUGAAUGCAAGAAUGAUUCACUCACCAAGAUGAUCACCUGUGAGCUACAUAGUAUCAGUAAAAGUGAAUGUGAGUGUGAAGUUCCAAUUGAGGACAACGAGGACCCUAGUUCUCCUGAUGUGCUUAAAUUUGAUGAGUUGGAUAACGAUGACAAUUGUUUAUUAAGUAGCAUAUUGUCUAAGUGUAAGAAGAGGGCAAAGAGCUCUUCUCUAGGAACCAAAGUUAAGCGAUCGCGUAAACCCACUCAGAGAUACAUUGAAGAAUUUUCAGAUCAGAAGUCGAGAUCUGUAUUGGAUGGACAAAAAGUUUCGGCUCCUGCAUUGAAGGAUAAACGCUUGAAAGUCAAAUCAUGUAAUGAGUCUUCUAAUCAAUGUAGCACUCAAGUACCAUCAGCAUCACGGUUAAGAGGAGGAUGUCUAAAGAAACGUGCACCCGUAACGGGAUUUGAAUCUGAUGACGAUCUUGAUGCAUCCGAGUCUGAUGACGAUCAUGUGAGAAAGAAAAAAACUAAAGUAGAUGUUGAUCGGAGGAAGCAUCAAAGGAUGUGGACUCUUUCUGAGGUGAUGAAGCUGAUUGAUGGUAUAGCUCAAUAUGGAGUUGGAAGAUGGACUGACAUAAAAAGGCUCUUGUUUCCAUCAUCUGCUCACCGCACGCCAAUAGAUCUGAGGGACAAAUGGCGAAAUCUUCUAAGAGCUAGCUGUGCACAGAAGAAAAACAAGAAAGAGGUUGAGCAAAAGCAUGUCGUACGGACUUUACCAAAGCCUGUGUUAUGCCGAAUUCUUGAACUGGCAACUAUUCAUCCGUAUCCAAGAGUGCAUAACUCAAAGACCUCAUGCGAUAACAAUAUUGCUUCACCCAAACUUCCUGCCAAAGCCAAAGGUGCGCAACCUAGCUCUUGUGGGAGAAAUGUACGCAGGAAGAGGCAUACAUGAACGCCAUUCAUUUCAGUCGCAGUAAAUCAGUCAGGAAUUUUACAAAAUUUAGUUGUAAAGAAACUAUUGUGUUGCUUACAGUCUUUUUUUUAAUCUUACCUUUCUUUUGUGAAAUGCACAUACACAUGUUCUCAGAUCUGUACUUUUCAGAUAUUAGGUUACAGAAUCUGGAAAAUGUUGCACAAGUGGGUCUAAAAUUGUUAAUUGUAACUGCCAGGGAUAUGGCCAGCUGAUGUUGAAAGAGAAGUAGAGGUUCACUGACAUAACGUUA